AUGUUCUACCUCUCCUCCCCGCCGCAGCCACCUCCACAGCCACAGUUCUUCAAUAACCCAUUCGGCUUCUCAUAUCCGACAUCGAUCCCGUCACCACUUCGCACGUCAUACAAUGCCAAUGGUGUGAAGCGGUCGCGAAUGUACGAACAGAACCCUCCGUCAGACGGUGCGCACUCCCUCUCCUCGCCACUCAGCAAACGCAAUCACGGGAAAAUCUUUGAAGACAGCGAGAAUGAGACUGAGAACACCGCCAUCUUCUCUCCUCCCACAACACUAAGCAGUGCCGAUGGAAAAAGCGCAUGCACCCCCGCCACGACCUCAUCCCUCACCACGCCAUCCACCACGGCCUCCACCUUCACCUUCACCCCACCCGCCACCACAAGCGCCUCCUCCUUCAGCAGCACGCCAUUCGCCUUCGCCGCUCGCGCCCGCGCCGCCUCACCCGCGAACCUGCUCGCCUCGCACGCCUCGACGACCAAAGCGCAGAACAAGCAGCGCUUCCGCGAUCGUCUGCGGGCGCGACGCGACGAGGGCCUCGGGCGCGACGACAAGGUGCUGAGGGCGGACUAUUUGGGCGAGCGGCGCGCGUGGGAGGAGGAGAUGGCGAGGCGGGCGGCGAUGGAGGGAGAGGGCGGAGUGGUAGUAGACGAUGAGGAGGAAGAGGAAGAGCAAGCAGAUAAAGAAGCAGAGGGUGGUGGUGGUGGUGGUGGGCGAGAAAGUCCGAUCGAGGAGAGGGAGAUUGAGGCGCUGGUUGCGUUGAUGGAGCAUGAGGAUGGAGGGGAUGCUGAGUCAGGCGCAGCGCAUGAAGCCAUGGACGCGGGAAGCGAUGGCGAUGGCUCGGAGUGGGACGAGGUUUUCAUGGAGGUGCUGUCGCAGCAGGAGACCCAGCUUCAGUCGUCGACGAGUUCUGAACGCGUCGUUCCUGGCGCCGAUGGCGGUGGGAUGGACGUAGAAAUGUCUUGA